GUGUGUCUACCCUCAGUGGCAGAGAUCCUGAGCCCGGGCAACGUGAAAGCCUUUGUGGUGGAAUUGGCAGCUCCAUCCAUGCGGUCGGACCUCCCUCGUGCCCUGCACAUCGUGUGCACGGAAGACUCGAAGGAGCAGAUCUACGACGUGCAGCUGGCACUGCCGGGUGAGUCACAGGUGCGCCUGGCUCCCCUGGAGUUGCCGACCUUCCCUGGCGUCCCGCAGGCUGCAGCCGUGUCGCCGCUGCCGACGAUGCCGGGCUUCGCGCUCAGCGCCGGGCUGCAGGCGCCGGUGGAGCUAAAGGCGGUGACGGAGGCGCAGACGGCGGCGGAACUGCUGAAGGAGUGGCUCCAGGUAUGGCCUCCUGGCGCGCCAUUGUGGCCGUCUCCUGGUGACGCCUCGGCGCGAAGGACGUGGUCCCUGGGACUCUCCGAAGAGUUGCUGGGCGAGGCCUACGAGCUGCGCAUCGAGGAUGAAUUCCUGGAGCUGCUGGCCGGCACCAAGGAAGGCUUCCUCCGUGGCGUCGCCAGCAUCCGUCAGCUCUUCGGCAUUGCCCUGGCUGAAGGCUGGCCGCGCGUCCCUGCGCAGAUCUUGCGCGACCGGCCGCGCUUUGGACACCGGGGACUGAUGCUGGACGUGGCCAGGCACUUCUUCCCCGUGAGCUUCGUGAAGCGCUUGUUGGAUUGGAUGUUUUUCUACAAACUGAAUGUCUUCCAUUGGCACCUCACUGACGAUGAGGGCUGGAGGUUGGAGAUCAAAUCUUUGCCCAACCUGACAACGCACGGUGCCUUCCGUGGCCGCGGCCACGUCAUCGAGCCACAGUAUGGUGGCGACCCGAGGAGGUAUGGCGGCUUUUAUAGCCACGACGACGUCCGGGAGGUGCUGCGCUAUGCUGAGCAGCGUGGCAUCACCGUGGUCCCCGAGAUCGACGUCCCUGGGCACUGCUACGCCGCCCUGCAGGCGCUCCCAGAGUUGGCCAAAACGGUGGAGAAACGAAAGGCUCCGCGCAGUGUGCAAGGCUUCCGCGGCAACGUUUUGGACGUCCGCGCGGAGGUGACCUUCGCGUUUUUGGAGGCGGUGCUGAUCGAGGUGCUGGAGCUGUUCCCGGGGCCCGUGCACGUGGGGAUGGAUGAGAUUCCAGCCAGGGCUUGGAGCCAACAGCCGGAGGAGGAGGAGCGGCUGAAGGCGAUGCUGGCGGCCUGGCUGCAAGAGUUCCUGGGGGCGCGCGGCCGCGCGAUGCUGGCAUGGGAGGAAGCCUUCUCAGGAAACAGCGGAGUUGUUCCGAACGCAGAUCCCCGGCCAGCAGCGAUGGCAUGGAAAGAUGAUGAGAGAUUUGCAGUGCAGGCAGCGAAUGUUGGGUUGGACAUCAUCUUGUGUCCUGCUCAUUUCUUGUACCUGGACAUCGUGCAGGAUCUCAACUUCGAAGACAAGGGUCUCUACUGGGCAGCCCCUGCUUUGCCCUUGCACCGGGUCUACGACUACGAGCCGCUGGAGCGCUUGAAACGCCUCGGGCUCCAGGCGGAUGCGGUGCAGCGGCUGCGUGGCGUCCAGGCGAAUCUGUGGACGGAGACGGUGGAGUCCGAAGAACGCGCGCAGGAGAUGCUAUUUCCACGACUCCUUGCCGUCGCAGAGCUCGCUUGGACAAUGCCGGAGCGAAAAGUUUGGGAGGAUUUCAAGUUCAAGUUGGGCCCUCAACUGCAGUGGCUGACCCGUGAAGCUUCCCUGCAGCGGUGGAAUUGGCACAAGUUUUUCUUGGCAAAGGCAGAUUUUAUGCGAGUGAAGUGGAAGAGGCCAUUUCUGUGGCAGAAGUUGAACUUUCUGUGGCGACCAUUCGGAGCUGUGGCACGAGAGUUAGGCUUCGGGGUGAUGGGAAGCAAGAGCGCCGGCGAUCUGUGGAGCAAGCAACGCUUCAGAGCUGCGACAGUUGAGACGAGCAAGAUGGUUUGCGCCGUGACUUUCGAUGGUACCGGCCAUGCGCAUUUCAGGAAUCGCUACGUCCGCACUCCUGGCUUUGUGGAGGAGCUGGAAGCGAAAAAGAUGCUCUACCGCGGCCAAUUCUCGCAGAAGUCGGGUGGAUUUUUGGCCAAUGCUUUUGACAUGAGGGUCAAGAACCUGGCCAACACCAACGUGAUGCAUUGGGCAGGUCGGCUGUUCGCCCUGUGGGAAGGUGGCCUGCCCAUGGAGUUGGAUCCUUUGAGUUUGAGCACCAAGGGCUUCUCCGACUUCAACGGAUCUUUGACAAAGAAGGACACCUUCACCGCGCAUCCGCGUUUCGAUGCUAAGACCGUGCGUAAGGUGGGAUUCCAGUAUCAGCCAGAUCCUGUGGCCGGCAUCACCAACAUCUCCUUCUGGGAGUUCGCGCCUGAAGGCUUUGAUUUGGUGCAGCGCGUGGAUGUGGAAGUGCCUGGCUUUGGCUUCUACCACGAUUUCUUGGUAACUGACAGCUACUACAUCCUCAGUCGCGCGCCUGUGGAGAUUUCUCCGCAGCGCGGCUUGGAAGGAUUACUCGGCUUCAGGUCUAUGGGUGAGUCCAUCGACUUCGACGAGCAGCAGCCUACGCAGCUGGUGUUGGUACCUCGCGAUGGUUCCGAAGCGAGAUAUGUCGACCUGGACACACACUUCUGCUUCCACUAUGCCAAUGGCUUUGAAGAAGACGAGAAGUUGAUCCUGGAUUUCGUCCGAACGCCCAGUUUGGAGCUGGGGAAUGCUUCGGCCCAGCAGAAACCUUUGUGGGAAGUCAUGGAGCUUGAAUCCUUGGAUCCCAACCGCUUCACGCGCUAUGAGAUUGAUAAGUCCACUGGUAGCUGGACGAAGCAAGAGCUCUCAGAUCAGCAUGUGGAUUUUCCGAGCAUCAACCCGGCCUACAGCACGAAACCCUACCGUUUUGCAUGGUGCGCGACCAGCGCUUUGGACGGAGUGACUGCACCCUUGCAGGGUCUGGUGAAGGUCGAUGUGACAGGGAAGGAGCCGCAGCAGAUUUGGUUGCCGGAGGCUGCGGAGUUCAUUGGUGAGGUGAUCUUCUGUCCUGAUGGUGGAGAUGCUGAGGACGAUGGCUACCUCGUGGGUAUUUCAGUGGACGGCCGGAAAAAGAGUUCCGACCUCUUGGUCUUUGACGCGCGGGACAUUCGGGACGGCCCAAUCUGUCGUUUGCCGUUGCCGGCCUUCAUCCCCCACGCCUUACAUGGCAGUUACGUGCCGGGCCUGGUGCCGAGUGCCGCUGAGAUCCAAGCAGCGUGGGAGGAGACGCCCACAUCUCUUUGAGGGCCAAAAGCCUCGAAAGAUGGCGAUUUUUGCCUCGACAAAUUGGGAUACUGUCUAGGGGGG